AAGAACAUUCUCUCGCAGGGGCUCACACUGAUCCAAGUUAGGAGCUUUCAGCUGCCAGCCUUGGCCCAUCAUGUAAGUGCUGCGGAGAAUUCUUUGCAGUGCAAUUGCAGAAUUAGCGGUUUUCCCGACGCCUGCGGGGCUGUGCAUUUGGCAGAUCGCUCCCCGCACGGACACGCACGCCUCGGACGCAAAAAGGCUCCAAGUGCAUGAAGAUCGAGGCUUGUAUUUUGCAUCUUCGUUGCAAAGCAAGCCGCUGAAGCUCCAGUGCGAGGGCGAUGGAGGGAGGGAGUGAGAAAGAAGGCAAAGUCUUUUGUGCUUCCCCUCCCCCUCAUCAAAGCAAAGGGGAAAUGUCUCAGCCAAAGGGAGGUAAGAGGAAGCCGGUGCUCAAGCUCUCCAAGGAGGUGUUUGAGCAGCCUCCUCCUGCCGCUGGACCCCCCAGAGAUUUGGAUUCGAAAGCGUGCGUAACCAUCGGGGAGAAGAAUUUCGAGGUGAAGGCAGAUGACCUGGAGAAGAUCUGCGAGCUCGGCCGGGGAGCGUACGGCGUGGUGGACAAGAUGAGGCACGUGCCCAGUGGCCUGAUCAUGGCUGUGAAGCGGAUUCGGGCCACAGUGAACACUCAGGAGCAGAAGAGGCUGCUCAUGGACCUGGACAUCUCCAUGAGGACGGUGGACUGUUUCUACACCGUCACCUUCUACGGAGCGCUGUUCAGAGAGGGCGACGUCUGGAUCUGCAUGGAGCUGAUGGACACCUCCCUGGACAAGUUCUACAAGCAAGUGAUCGAGAAGGGCCUGACCAUCCCCGAGGACAUCCUGGGAAAAAUUGCCGUCUCAAUAGUAAAAGCUUUGGAGCAUCUGCACAGCAAUCUGCAAGUCAUACACAGAGAUGUGAAGCCCUCCAACGUGCUGAUCAACACUCAGGGCCAAGUGAAGAUGUGCGACUUUGGCAUCAGCGGCUACCUGGUCGACUCCGUGGCCAAAACCAUGGACGCUGGCUGCAAACCCUACAUGGCGCCCGAGAGGAUCAACCCCGAGACGAACCAGAAAGGCUACAACGUCAAGUCUGACAUCUGGAGUUUAGGGAUCACGAUGAUCGAGCUCGCCAUCCUGCGCUUCCCGUACGACUCGUGGGGCACGCCCUUCCAGCAGCUGAAGCAGGUGGUGGAAGAACCUUCGCCCCAGCUUCCUGCCGACCAGUUCUCUGCCGAGUUUGUGGACUUCACCUCUCAGUGCUUAAAGAAAGUUUCCAAAGAGCGGCCGACUUACACAGAACUCAUGCAACAUCCCUUCUUCACCUCCCAUGAGGCCAAAGAGACCGACGUGGCUACCUUUGUCAAAGUCAUCUUGGGGGACUGAGUUGCCACGCAGGAGGGAGGGAAGAUGUGGUAAUUAAAAAAAUAAUAAAUAAGUUAAAAAAAAAACAAAAAAGCAAAUUCAACAAACAAACAAGAAGCAAAAAUCACAGCCCCUCACACCUGCAGGACUCUGCUUCGUGCUCCCACCUCCACCCCCUCCCUCCUCCGUCAGAUGGAGCCCAGAGGAUCAGCUGACGAAACAGAAGGAGGAGUUUAAACCCCGCCCCCUCACACACCUGGUCCAUGUUCUGUGUACAUCACCUGACAGAGGAGGGCAGGAGAGGCCUCACACCUAAUCUGGAAUCGUUUACGACGUCUGUAUGCAAAAAGUCCCUCACUGGUCCGAUGUGUGCGUGCGCCGCCUGCUACAUCGUGUGGUGACGUUAAAGCGUCACGGCGGUCAAAUUUUUUUUUUCUUUUUGCUGAAGAGUGAAACGAGGAGCAGGUUAUAUGAAAAGAAGAAUGAUAUAAUACUAUCUAUGUAUAAUCUAAAUGUUUGUAUAUUCAAAGCAUCGAUUCAUGAAUUGACUGCAUGUACAGAAUUUUUCUCUGAGUGAAAUCAGCUGCAGAGUCUGAUGGUUGGAGACCUGCAGCCUCACGUCGAGGCCCUCCUAGUGGUCACAGAUAGGUACUGCACCUCAACUGCAUUCCCUCGAUUACAGCAGAGGUCUACUACUCAUUUUGGGCUCUGGCUGCCUGUGAGUGUGUGUGAGUGUGUGUGUGUGUGUGUGUGUGUGUGUUUGUAGGGCUGCACGAUGUUUUGAAUGAACUAUUGCCUCUGCAGUCUCGGUUAAAGUGAUGCUCUGAGUGAAGUUCCUCUUAUCCAUCUUUUUCACAGCCGAGUGGCAGGAUUUUCGGGAAUUUUUUGCGGCCGCAGA